GAUUCAGUGUAAUCGAAUGGUAAAAGCUGAAUUCUGUUUGCUUUGUUAAACUAACCCAGGUAUCUACAAGAACACAGUCUUGGAACUUCACAGGAAUAGCCAACAUUUUUGAAUAUCUUGGCUUUGCAAAAAAAAACAAAAAAAAAACGGAUACUUGGAGAAUCUUGGGCUGAAAAAGGUAUAAGGUGGAGGCAACUGGCUAUUAUGAUCCAACCUGUUCAGUAGAAAAAAGAAAAGAAGAAAAACAUGGAUUUUCGAAACAUCCCAUCAUGUUCUGAAGUCAGCUGUUGGAGCCCAGAAGCUCUCAUUGAAUAUUUUAGAGAUCACAACCUUCGUGACUGUGAAAAGUUGGUUAAAAAGCAAGGAAUUACUGGAAGACGAUUUUUGGAAAUGACAGAAAAUGAAAUUCAGAAGUUUCCUAAAUUAGCAGUACCAAUGCUGAUAAAAAUCCAACAGCACAUGAAUAAGAAAGACGAGAAGAGGAGCUUCUUUCAAAAAAGGGCAGCAAUCCCAAGAAUUCCACAGGAAACUGAAUUUAUUCCCGAAGACAAAGAGUUUUCCGACUCUGACUCAUUUGAGGAGGAUUAUGAAAGUCCCAAUGAGUUUGAUGAUGAUGACGACUAUGAACGCCCAGCAUCAGAAAAUGAAGAUGAAGACGGAAAUGGAGACUAUGAGCCACCUCCUCCCAAUAUUGAAGAUACUCAUCCUGCCAUAUGUCAAAUAAAGCCAAAUGCAACUAACUCACCCUAUGCAGACAGAGAGUUUGGAAAUUCUAUGAAAAAUCCUCCAGAGCCCCCAAAGAGGCCGGGGAAUCCAGCACCUCCCACAAACAGGGGCCAUACUUUUCCAGGGUAUUCACCCUCAUCAAAUCAAGAAAACAGAUCAAACACACUUGGUCCAAGCAUCGAUCGUAGAACCAAGCCAAGUUUUGAAAUCAACUGUCCACCAAAUGUUGGCAGAGGGAUUGGGGCUCAAGGGAAGAAACCAUUUAUUCCAGGAAAGAUUCUGCCUGGACAUGCAGGUAUCGGACAACAGGUACCUGAGAAAUUACCAAAUCUUAUAAAACCUCCCAUUCCCAGUGAAAGAAACAAUCAGCCAUUUGAAAGGAAAAUACCCAGUCCAAGACCCAGUUUACCCAUGGAAAAAAGAUUCAAUCCUGAAGAAGAUGCAUCCUUGCGGCAAUUUCCUUCACCGGGAGGCCCUGGCUUCUCUUCAAAUACAUUUCCUCCAAGGCCCUCUGCAAAGAAUUCAUUUCCUGGAUUACCAGUUACAGACGGUCCAGGUCUACCAGGACCAGCACCUCCCCCUCAUAAACCAGGUAAUAUGAACCGGUCUUUCUCAGAAGGAACAUGCAAUGGCAGGCCACCAGCACCUAUUCCUACCAACUAUAAUCAGACAACAGAAAAAGAGAGCCUGUCACAAGACCAAUGGUAUACUGGUAACAUUUCAAGAUCCGAAGCUGAAACAGCCCUUAGAUCCAUCAAUCAGGAUGGAACAUUUUUGGUGAGAAACAGCUCCAAGUCAACAGCGUCACAUCCAUAUGUUCUAAUGGUGCUAUACAGAAACAAAGUUUAUAACAUUCAGAUUCGACAGGACCAGACAAAUAAUGUAUACAUGCUGGGGAGCGGACUCAGAGGACAAGAGACCUUUGCUUCGGUUAUGGAAAUUAUUGACUACUUUCAUAAAACACCACUUCUCCUUAUUGAUGGAAAGGACCAAAGUUCGAGGCAACACUGUGUGCUUACAGUUUCAGCUGGUUGCUGCCUAACUUAACAACAAAAUUGAAGUCAUAAUUUUGAUAAUUUGUGAAUACUGGUCCUUCUCAAGCUUUCCAAAUCAUUUCAAGGAUAACACAUAAAACUUCCUUUUUUUUUUACUAUGUUUAACUUGUUUUUUCUUUUUUUUUGUACUCAUCCAUUUUUUUUCCAUUGUUUUAACAUGAAGAUUUGAGAAGGCUGGAGGCAGGUUUCACAUCACAUUGUUUUAAUCCAUUACAAUAUGGUGGUAAAACAAAUUUGCUCCAACAGACUUGGCAACAUGCAAAGUGAAUAUACAAUAAAAUCUAACUUGUGUUGUGAAAUGUAUCAACAGUUCUAAUAAAUGAAUAAAUAAAAGGAUACCACAACCUGCUCCCAUGGACUGUGUGUAAUAUAAGUUAUGACUAAGUAACAAAAAAGUGCCUGCUAUAAGGGAUUUGGCACAGAAUGACGUUCCUUAAGAGGAGACAGGAAAAAAAAACCUUGUGGAAACCUAUAUUUUAGUCUUUUUAUUAUACAGAGUAACUGGUAUUUUUGCUAGCCUGUUGAUGACAUUAGAGCUCUUUUUUAAUAAAAAAUGUGUGUUUUAUCUGUACAUAAAAUGAAAUCAGUUAGAUAACAUGGGCUUGGGGCCACAUAAAACAAACCUGAGAAUGAUUGCACUAAGUGUGAAAAGAGUUUUUAUUAAUAAACAGGUCGUUCUGAAGCCAUUUACCACAACAGAUAGCGAUGAAUGGGCAUAUGCAAUACACUGAGUUCGCUCAAGCUGUUAUUAAAUGCCCAGCACUGAAAAAAUAGUCAGAUAUUCUCAUGAAAGCAAUGCACCUGCAUUCACCAAUCAGUGUUGUACUAGAGCUUUGAACUUAUUUUACUGUGUCAUGUUACACAAUUAUAUUUGUAUGGACAUACUUUUUUGUUUUCAAUGAAAUAAAUCUAUCAUUAAUA